AUGCCUAAAAAAUACAAACCUAUUAAAAUACGAACUUAUGUGUUUAUAGACCUGGAAACAAGUGGAAUGCCUGUUCAAGAAAAUAAUAAGACUAGAAUAACUGAAAUAAGUCUAGUUGCUGUAAAACGUGAACAUUUACUCGACACUCGACCCGGUUAUUCCCCUAGAGUGCAGCAGAGAAUUACACUUUGUGUUAAUCCUGGAAAGUACAUAGAUCCUGGUGCAACGAAAGUCUCGGGCCUCUGCAAUGAUCUCCUGGAAUACGAACCCACCUUCAAUCAAGACCUGUUCAACACUCUGAACUCGUUUAUCAACCUUCUCAUGAAACCUAUUUGUUUAGUCGCACAGAAUGGACUCAAUUUUGACUUCCCUAUAUUAAGAAAUCAUUUCGAAAAACUUGGUGUUAGUUUUGCACAAGAUGUAAAGUGUGCUGAUUGCUUUCAUGCAUUUUACCACAUCAUGGAAAGAAAAGACUCGAUCCCAAAACUUGAAGACAUAGAAAGUGAGUCGGAUAAUUCACAGAACAUACAAGCCACUAAUGAGAGCUCUCCUACAUCAUCACCUACCAAAGUGUGCCCUGAGACUCCGAUUAAAAGAGGUAUUAACCGCUCACGAGUCAGAAGGAGAUUCCCAUGGGCAGAUGGGAAUAGGCCGAAAGAUAAAUAUAAAUUGAAAUAUAUAUAUGAGAGACUGUUGAACCGGACAGCCCUUAACCCUCACCGUGCUGAAAAUGACUGUUUAUUAGCUCUGGAAUGUGCUGCGGCUUUGUCAAAGCAAUUUGUAGAUUGGAUAGACCGGAACAAUUGUUUAUUCAGUCGUAUACAACCUAUGACCAUUGGCGUGCCGCUGCAUCAAGCAUAA